GCAGCUUUACGGUAAUAUAUGGGCGCGCCUCUUAUAGAAUGCGUCACCACGGCAAUGAAACUCUCCGAAGACUUUUCAAACUCACUUGAAAGGCCGAGUGACUGAACAAAGCAGGAAGAAAGAUGCACUAUUACCGCUAUGAGACCGCGGAGGUCAGCUGCUGUUUUAAGUACCUGAUGUUCAGCUACAACAUCAUCUUCUGGCUGGCUGGGGCGGCCUUCAUCGGUAUCGGUUUUUGGGCCUGGAGUGAGAAGGGGGUGCUGCUGGACCUCACCCAGGUGACGCGCCUGCACGGGUUCGACCCGGUGUGGCUGGUGCUGGCGGUGGGCGGGGUCACCUUCAUCCUGGGCUUCGCCGGCUGCGUAGGGGCCCUGCGGGAGAACAUCUGCCUGCUCAAGUUUUUCUCAGGAGUGAUCGGCUUCAUCUUCUUCCUGGAGCUGACGGCGGCCGUGCUCGCCUUCGUAUUCCAGGAACCCCUGAAAGAGUGGAUCAAGGACUUCUUCCUCACCAACGUCAAGGCUUACAGGGAAGAUAUCGACCUGCAGAACCUCAUAGACUCGCUACAGAGACUGAACUAUUGCUGCGGAGCCAAUGAUCCCAAUGACUGGGACCAGAACGUCUACUUCAACUGCUCCAAACACAACCCCAGCAGGGAGCGCUGUGGAGUCCCCUUCUCCUGCUGCGUCGGCGAUCCUGCGGACUCAGUGGUGAACACUCAGUGUGGCUACGACAUCCGGGCUCAGAAGGGAGACUGGAGCAGCACUAUCUACGCUAAGGGCUGUAUACCGGCCUUGGAAGAGUGGCUACCGCGUAACAUCUACAUCGUAGCCGGAGUCUUCAUCGUCAUAUCUCUGUUGCAGAUGGUGGGGAUCUUCCUGGCGCGGUCGCUGAUCAGCGACAUCGAGAAGGUCAAGUACAGCUACUACUGACGCAGCCCACGCGGGGUCAGUCUCGGGUUCGGACUCUCACCAGCACCUCUGCUCCCAUUGGCUGGGGCCUGCCCGGAGAGCGGGAGGGCGGAGCCCAGUACCAAAUGAUCUGCUCCGCCCCUCUGUCUGUCUGUCUGUCAACAUGUUUCAGUGGGGAACGCAGCAGGAAGGGGGACCAACGCGGGACAGACUGAAAUAGUUUACAUCAUUUUAUCUCUCUGAGAGCCAGAUGGAUUUUAAUUCAAGGGCCGCAUUAACCGCCUAGUUUUUGUUGUUGUUGUUUCAUUAAUUGUUUUUGGAUUUAUAAUACAAUGAAGAUGUUGGAGGCAGAGGUCACCCCAACAAUGUAAGGCAUGCGUCCUGCUAACGAACUUGGGGUUCCGCCAGCCUGCUCCCCGAGUUCUGAUGCAAGGAUGAUGUCAGUGAACUCCCCGGUUCUAUUCUUUUUUUACAGUUCCACACAUCAGACACGCCCUCUUUCGUCCUGUUGUGACCUCACAGCCUUGAUCAUUACAUUCCGUCAUACACCUGAAUUCUGAGCCCUGUGCUGCGGGCUGUGACUGCCAUGACAGUCUAAGUUCACUCACUGUAGGAGGUGUUGUGCUUUUUCCACUGGGCUGGGACGUGGAGGGAACGCGAGUUGGAAAGCUGGGGGGUGGGUGCCAUUUUCCUUCCCUCUACCUUCUUAGUGGCAUCCCUUAAAAAAACAACAAAAAAAAGCUUUUUUUUUUAUUUUGCAGAUGGGGAAGCAAUCUUUCAGUACUUCUGAAUUCAUGGCCACCAAGGCCUUGUUGAUGCACGCUUGUUUAAUGGCUUGGAUAUGGUGCGGUUUGGUUGGAGGUGAUAUCAAGGGUCAUUGUGUAAAUGCAAAAGCAUGUCAUGGAGAGAAACCAAGAAAAGACGACUGCUGUCACAAUACCGUUCUCUCCCCAUUGCAAGUUAAUAUCUAUGAGGACAAGCCACCUCAUCAAUGUUCGUUAAUUUCGAGCCUGUUGGAAUGUUCACCGUGUCACAAAGCACCUCUGGGCAGAGAUCAUAUGGUCCUGGAACCUGGCAGGAACCAUGAGCCAGACAAGAAGAGACGGGGGGGGGAGGGUGUGGCCAGCCAGCUUAACAGGAUAUGGUGGCUUAGGUGCACUCCAAUCCACCUGCAUUAGUCACUCAAAUUGCUUUUUGUUCCUCUGCUGUUAUAAAGCCACUUUCUCUGCUCUCCUCCACCUCUCCUUCCUGUGUGAAAGGGGAAGACUGAGCAAUGAAUGAACCCUCCCCCAGUCACGUGCACACACACGUGCACACACGCUGAUAUACACCUGACAACCUGCCAUGUCUGCAAUGUGAAUUCUGUGUGUAAAUCCUACAUAGGUGGGUGCUUACGAAGUGCUCAGGAGGCCUGUACAAGCUAAUGUCAUCUCUUCGUCUCCAGACCCUACCCUCCCUCUCCAUUCUCCUACAUGUCACAGCUGUAAUGAGCAGCUAGAAGAUUAGAUGUCACAAUAAGCGAUGAUUGGGGUUGAAGUCCAGAUGUUGUGUAAGUGUGGGUUGUUGCCUGCACCUCUGGACUUGAACUCUGAUCAGCUCUUGCUCUAUGAGAUGUCCUGUAGAGCGCUUCUGCAUUUAACCUGACACCACGCAGUACCAGAUUCUGCCCUGCAGUCACCCCGAGUGCCUGAAGGAUUCUCUGUGGGCGUGCCAGUCCCACAAGGCAAAACUUUUACUCUUGAAUUUUUACAAAAAGGGACCUUUGUUACAUUUAUAAUUAUACAAAGAAAAAAUAGUUCUAGUUCAAUUUUUUGUAAUAACUUUUUUAUGUUUUGUAAAUACAAAUUGUGUAAUUUCUUGCCAGCUAAUGUUUUUCAAUAAAAUCAGUCAGAUUUUA